AUGUUCUCUUUGAGAGUCCGACAUAUUCUGGUUGCCGUGGGCUUACUCUUAGCUCUGAGCAAUGUGGAAUCAGCGAACAUUCUUCUCUCUGGUCUCUUUGGAGAUGGUAGCCAUUAUUUUACGAUGGUUGCAGUCGGAAAGAGUCUGGUGAAGAGAGGUCAUAAUGUGACCUUCCUCAUUUCAGACGAGUAUUCCGACCGCGCCAUGGAUCCCGAGCACGCUACGAUCGUCAGCUACGAAAUGUUCCAUCUUUCUGGUCUGAAGAAGAGAAUGGAUGACAUAUCGAAUAAGAUAGCAGAAUUCACAUUUGCUGAAAACAGCAUGAGGCACAUUGCUGAGAUGAUGGAUAUGUUCAUUUCUGUAAACAGAGAAGCUUGUGAAUCUGUUUUCAAAGAUCAAAGAUUGCUAGACCGUAUGGCGAAAUUCGAUGCUUUUGUCGUCGAUGUGGUAUAG